UGUUGCCGGAUGUUCACUAAAUCAGCAAAAGCAAUGGUGAUUAUUUGAAGUCUAACAGAUACAUUUUAGUAAAUCAACACUUAGUUAGAACUUUAUACUUAGGGAGUUGUGAAGUUUGGAACAGGAGCUAUAUUUUCUCUCGUUAUUUUGUUUUCCGUUGAGGAGAAUCUCUUUUCAACCCGGUGCUUGUUUCGCUGGGUAGCGAUGGGUGUUGUUCGACCGGCCGGUCAGCGAUACCUGUCAACGGGAUAGGCGCAGUGUGUUUAACCGCGGGCUCUCCUGAAAGUGUGGGUGCCAGGAACCGACAGUGGGCAAAACUGAGAAGCUUGUUUGCGCUACCUGCUUUUAUUUUUUCCCGUGUGAACGAUGGAGACCUGUGAGGUGACGUUGGCCAUCAGGGGAGAGACAUCCCCGGGUGAGGUCUUUGCAGUUGUUGGUAGCUGUGAAGCCUUGGGAAGCUGGAGCCAUCAGAAAGCUGUGACUUUACAUCCUGUUGGUGACGAUAAGUGCAGGUGGACUACAACAGUCACUGUGCCUAAAGGUGUUGUUACCAGCUACCGCUAUUUUAAAGGCUUCUUUCUGGAGUCUAAGAGUGCAGGUGGUCCCUGUCAAGUGAUCGUCAAUUUGUGGGAGACCCAUCAUCGCCCCCGCACGAUGAGCCCCACAGCAACAUACCAGGAUAUUGAUGAUGGACAGUUUGGAUUAAAUGAUGGGAUAAACUGCGUUGACUCUGGGUGGCUGACGUGUCAGACAGAAAUUCGCUUGCGUCUGCACUAUUCUAAGAAGGCUCCAGUGUCCAUCACUAAGAAGAAAUUCAAGAAGUCUCGCUUCAGGAUCAAGUUGACGUUAGAGGGCGUUGAAGAGGAGGAGGAGGAGGAGGAAAAUGAGCUCUGUCCUUCAUCUUGGCACAAGAUGACCACCACUCUGGAAAUCAGUAUGAUUAGUGCCAACGGCUAUAAGUCGCGCCACUCCCAGCCUGAGUGCGGCUACGCACUGGAGCCUUCCCAGUGGACUGAGUACAGUAUCCACACCAUGGACCCAGAUAACCUCGAGCUCACGUUUGAGUUCUUUGAGGAGGAUCUGAGUGAGCAUGUAGUCCAGGGGGACAUCCAUCCAGGACAUGUAGGCACUGCCUGCCUCCUCUCUUCUUCAUUUUUAGAGGAUGGCAAGGAUAUUGGAGUAGUUACUCUUCCCAUAAUGGGGCGAAAUGCCAGACAGACCAUUGGAAAAGUAAGAGUGGAUUUCCUGGUAAUCCGACCCAUCCAGGGACUGCAGUGUGACAUGAGCUCAUCAUACACCAAGUACUGGAAAAAGGGAAGUACUUUGGAUGUGGGUCACAGGGGAUCAGGCAGCACCCAUGCAGCCAAGCACCACAGAAUCAGAGAAAACACUAUAGCCUCAUUUAAAAGUGCUGCUAAGCAUGGUGUAGCGUUCGUAGAGUUUGAUGUUCACCUCUCCAAGGAUGCUGUACCUAUUGUAUACCAUGACUUGACUUGCUGCAUAUCCACUAAGAAGAAAAAUGACAAGAAUCUGGAGCUCAUUGAGGUGCCAGUCAAAGACCUGACAUUUGACCAGCUGCAGCUUUUGAAGCUGGCUCACGUCACUGCAAUGAAUGUAAACGAUCACAAAGACCUGCAGGACGACGAAGAUGAAAUCGAUGAGCAUCAGCCGUUCCCCUCGCUCUCACAGAUCUUCCAAGCCGUUCCUGAACACGUUGGCUUCAACAUUGAGCUCAAAUGGAUCUGCCAGAUGAAGGACGGGUCAUGGGAGGGCAACUUAUCCUCUUACUUCAACAUGAAUACAUUUCUGGACAUCGUUCUGAGAGAUGUUCUGCAGAAAGGUGGAAAAAGACGCAUCGUUUUCUCCUGUUUUGACCCAGAUAUCUGCACCAUGGUGCGUCAUAAGCAGAACAAGUACCCCAUCCUCUUCCUGACUCAGGGAAUUUCAGACAAGUAUCCCGAGCUGAUGGACAUCCGGUGCCAGUCCACUCAGAUUGCCAUCAGCUUCGCCCAGAGUGAAAAUAUUCUGGGAAUCAGCGCCCACACAGAGGAGCUGUUAAAGCACCUUGACUACAUUGGAGACGCCCAGUCUAAAGGCCUGGUAGUGUUCAGCUGGGGAGAUGACAACAAUGAUCACGAAACUAGAAGGAAGCUGAGAGCGCAGGGAAUCGACGGGCUCAUCUAUGACAGUAUUGGUGAGGACCAAACAGACCAGCCAAACUUCUUCCAGAUAGAGGAACAGCACUCCCUGCAGGAGGUUAUUACAGAGGAGACCCUAAAGAGUGCAUCUUGCUCCUGCUACUCCAUUCCCUGCUCCAUGGCACCAUGCAUCGCCUCCAGGGUCCGUGGUGGAAACGCCGAGUCGGACUCCGGUCUCAGCUCCUCAUAAAUAUCCCUAAAGCUCUACCUUUGUCUGUACUCCUGUUGCACAGACAUACUCAAGAGGACCAAGGUGGAAAUGGCUGAUUUAUAGGGGAUCCUUUCUUCAUACAUUUAUAUCACUAAGACCACUCAGACUGUCUACCACUCCGCUCGAAUCAUCAGAAGAUGUUUGCAGUCUUUUUAGCUUCAGAUAGGUUUUGUUUGCUUUCUGUUGAACAGGUGUGUGUGUUUUAGCCAAAAGAUGAAAUGCUUUUAAUUUUUCCUCGACAGGCAGAUGCCUGUUUAUGGAAGAACAGUCUGUACAAAGCUCUUCAUCGUGGUGGAAUCAGGGUAAAUUGACAAAUUGAACAUGAAUGGAUAUUAAGCCAGUAUGUUCCAUUUGUUCAGUUUUAGUGCUAAAUUGAAUGCAUUUGUAUAAUACACAUGUAAAGGUAUAACACAAAUGAAAGAUGCAUGAUGCAGGGUUAUGGUGUUUGUUCCUGUUUUGUUAUUCAUGUGCAUGAGGCCAUGACUUAAAGUGUUAUGUUUAUGAAUGAAGUGUCAAUAAGUUAUGAUUUGGAUUUUUUUUUUUUUAAACAAAUUACAGUCAGUUGCUGGGUAGGUUUUGCAUACAUUGGACAAACUAAUGUCUCAGCUGGAUGACAUUAUAGGCUGAUAAACCUUUGGUCCUCUUUAUGAUGCCUUCAAACUCCCGUUUAUGGAUAUACUGAUAAAUAGCCAUUUUUUAAACUUAAACACAGAACACUGGAUGUACUGUUAGAUUUAGUUUUUUAUUUAUUCUUGAUUUGAGGGGAAAACAGGUGUUUUAUUUGCAGUGCACAUUUAUACCACAGCCUUAAAGGGGAAAAACGCCUUUUUAUUUGAACAUUACCAUUACCUCACUCACCAUGAAAUAGAGUAGACUUGAGCUGAGAUGCAUACACUUCUAUACUGUAUGUUAUUGGAAUUACACACCAAUGCUGUUUAUUGGGGUGGCACAUUAAUUUCUGGUGGAAAUUACCUUUCUAGUGUGCUGUCUGUAUUCUGUCUUAUCGCACAAUUUUUAACCACAAAGUCUGAUGAUUGCUGCCUCUGUAUGAUUGAACAUGACUGAAUUAAAGAGCCUAAGAUGUAUUAUAACUGCCAGUUAAAUGUAAAUGAAAUAAAAACAGACUGUGUUUA